AAAAAAGUUAUCUUGGACUAAAGUGUAACGUAAUUCAAGUCACAACUCACAACUAUUAAAGAUUUUAGUAAAAAGUAUAUGGACCAAGUCGCAAUAUCGCAAACGUACGGGGAUCACCAUAGCUUUUAAAUGAGAGAGAUUGCCUCUCUAUUUUCACCCCCUUCGUGAUCGCCAUCUCCUUCUCUCAUGGCGAAAUCUCUCUGGGCGAGCACUCCUCCGAAGCUUCUAGAAGAAUCCCGAGCACCCCCUCCAUCGCCGAUCGCCCAUGCUCAACCGUCCGAUGACGAUCCCUACGACGACGACGAGAUGGCCCGAUUCUUGCGGAGCACGCGCAGCGUGCCGAAGCUAACCCUACCCCGGACGAUCCCGGCGGAGAUCGACGUGCGGGGGCUUCUGGAUUCCGGAGUCGGCGCCGGAUCCGCGACGGAGAAGAUGAAGUCGGCGGCGGCGGAGCUCGGAUGCUUCCAGAUCCUCGGCCACGGCGUCCCGCCGGAGCUCGUCGCCGCCGCCGCCGCCGCCGAGGCGAUGGUGAGGGGAUCGCCGGAGGAGGAGAGGAGGGGAGAGGAGGAGGAGGAGGAGGAGGAGGAGGAGAUAUUUUGGUGGAGUAAGGGAGAGAGGAGGGAGAGGAGUAGGGAGGAAACGGCGGGAACUUGGCCUGGAGAUUCUAGAAGCUUCUAUGACCAAAUGGAUGAUCUAUGUGAACUCAUGAAGAAGAUAGCCAUCAAAAUUGAAGAAACAUUAGAAGUAGCUUCAGGAGAGAAAUGUGCAGGUGAAUUGGUUCUUCAGCUCCAUAAGCAUAACAAGUACAAAAAUGGCGGCAGCAGUAGCAGCAGCAGCAACAGCAGGAAGCAGCUGAAGCAUGAAGCCCUCAAAUUGGUGAUAAAGAGCUUAAUCAACUCCCAUGCUUUGUGUCUGCAUGUGUGCCAAGGAGCUUCUGGCUUUUGCAUGUACACCAAGAGAGGUUGGGUCAACUUUUGCCCCAGUGACAAGGCCAUUGUUGUCACUAUCGGUGACCAGAUCCAGGCUAGGAGUAAUGGGCUCUUCAGGAGUGCAAGUGGAAAGCCCAUCUACGACGCUGAAGAAAAUCUACGGCCGUCCAUAUCCGUCACCUUCAUCCACUCGCAUCCGACGGCUAAUAGAGCUUCAUCUCCUACACUGGGUGUAGAGAACACCAUCUCACUCUAUCACCAGCUUGUUGUAGCAGUGUGCCUUGCUCUUUUAUACAGCUUCAUAUCCUUCUUAAUUGGAUAAGAGAAUUAUUGUGUUAUAUUUAAU